AAAAAAAAGAACAAAAAAUAGUCUCGACGACUCAAACGACGACAGCCGCGAGCCUCGCUCUUUUUUUUGAUGGGCCUGAUCUGAUCUGACGAACUCUUCUCUUCUCUUACUCUCAGCAUUUCAUCAUCUCGGCUCCCCCGCCUUCGAGUCGCCGCAGUCUCUUUUUUUUUUUCCCUUUCGCCUCUUUCGGCACCACGCAUUCGCUACGAUUCGCCCUUGCGCACGCUCAUUUUGUCCCGUUCGCGACUCUUCCCUUUUCUAGGGAGCGCUGAGCAAUACUCGAUCGACACCACACACCGUUGCCUUUGCUCUCUGCCUCUGUCGCCGUCUUGCGCGCGCCGGAAACCACUCGCUCAGCAUGCUUGAGGAUAAAUAUGUCGGCCUGGCGUUGGCCAUGUCAUCAGCCUUGGCCAUUGGCACCAGUUUCGUCAUCACCAAAAAGGGAUUACUACAAGCCGAAGAGCGGCACGGAUUCGAAGGCGACGGAUUCGUAUAUCUGAGAAGCCCCUUGUGGUGGGCGGGCAUUGCAACCCUUGGUGUCGGAGAAAUCUGCAACUUCGCCGCCUACGCCUUCGCCCCAGCCAUCCUGGUCACUCCUCUCGGCGCCCUCAGUGUCUUGAUUGGCGCCGUCUUGGGUUCAUACUUUUUGGAUGAAGAGCUCGGCACGCUGGGAAAGCUGGGCAGUGCCAUUUGCCUCAUCGGCGCCGUCGUCAUUGUUCUGCACGCCCCGCCUGACGAGGAAAUCGAGACGAUUGAUCAGAUCCUGCACUAUGCCAUCCAGCCAGGCUUCCUCUUGUACGCCUUUGCCGUCGUGGCUUUUGCAGUCUUCAUGAUUUACCGAAUCGCCCCCGUCUACGGCAAACGCAACGCCCUCAUCUACCUUUCCAUUUGCUCCACCGUUGGAUCCAUCUCCGUCAUGUCCGUCAAGGCCUUUGGUAUCGCCCUCAAGCUCACCUUUGCCGGCCACAACCAAUUUUCGCAUCCUUCGACCUACGUCUUCAUGAUUCUUACAGGAGUUUGCAUUCUGACCCAGAUGAACUACUUUAACAAGGCAUUGGCAUCAUUCCCGACAAACAUUGUGAACCCGCUCUACUACGUCACUUUCACCACCGCAACCCUCUGCGCUUCCUUCAUCCUCUUCAGCGGAUUCAACACCACCGAUCCUGUCAACACACUGUCACUGCUCUGUGGCUUCCUCGUUACCUUUACCGGAGUGUACCUGCUGAACCUUUCUCGAGGCGAUCCUCACGGCCAGAGGCUGGUUGCUAGCCGCGGCGACUUUGAUGCUGCUGGAACUGAUAUGAUCUCUGGCUUCCAAACUCGCCGCAGCAUGCAGUCCCGAAGAAGCGAAAACACCUCGAGGCACAGUCUUAGCAGCUUUCACGGAGACAGGCAGGGCCUGAUCCGGGCCUAUGACGAGGAAGAGGCUGCGGGUUUCGGCCUCACCGACCUUGCCGAUAGCGACGACGAGGGCCGGCGCCCCAACGGCGCAAAUGGCUCCAAUGGUGCGGCAAACGGCUCGGCAAACGGCAAGAAGCAGUACACCAGCAACGACAUUGAGCUCGAGUCCCGGAAGCAUCCCGAGAGGUAG